GCCACUGUCGCGAAACGGUGAGCGUUGUGGUAUCUCCGACUGAAAACGUCUUCUUCACCGUUGGCCGAGACAGGGCGGUCUGCCGUUGGAACAUCUCUAGCCUUGUCUGGAUGACGCCGGUCGAGUCAGAGUGCCUGUCCGCGUCGAUGCACCCUCGGGGCUCCGCACUCGCUGUGGGUUGCGCCAACGGGCGGGUGUCGGUGCUGGCCGCCGACACUGGGGCGGUGCUGACGACGUUCAGCGUCACCAACAGCGCGCUCAACGCACUCGCCUAUUCACCCGAUGGCAUGUUGAUGGCAGUUGGGGCAAACGACGGCUUCAUUCACAUACUCCUCGUUCAAGACCAAGGACAGACAAAUCAGAAAGGCGAAGUCAUCAGGGGCCGAGACUCCCUCGUGAACAUCGACUGGUCAGCAGACAGUCGCUUGCUGCAAGUCAUCACGACUGAUGGCCAGUACCAAGAGCUUCUUUGUUGGGAUGUAAAUAGCCUGAAGGCGAAAUCACCCACCGUUACAAAGGUCGAUUGGUACCAGCUCACCUGCACUCUAAAUCCAGACAUCGUUGGAAUUUGGGACAACGAACACUUGACGGAUGUCGUGAACCUGACGUGUCAUCGUUCCCACAACAAGGCUGUCGUUGCGGCUGGCGACCGCGCGGGCUUCCUGAGAAUAUUCAGGUUUCCAUGCACCGACACGAAGGCGGGGUUCACGGAGCAGAAGGUCAGCUCGUCUCCUGUGACGUGCGUUCGGUUCCUGCAUAGCGACAAGUACCUGGUCACCUUGCUGGCCCAGGCUGGCUACUUUGUGGUCUGGAAGAUGGUCUCCAACCGUGUGCGCUCCGAGGCCGAUCGCGUCACGUGAACCGUGAAGGUUGCUUCGACGACGCCAUGCAGUCCAUCAUUAUGAACACCGUGUGCUGACCGCAUUUUGCCGAGCCCAUCUGUUCUUCACAGAGAAAAUGUUUUCAAUGUUUCAACGAACAUAAUAUGGAGAAGUAGCACGCAAGCUGUUACUUCCGAUGCUUGUAGCGCUGCGAGGGGUCAGUUACAGCCAUGUGUACCUACUUCGCAAACAAUAGGCCCUAUUGGGCUUGGUGCAAUAAGACAUUGUCAUUGCUGCACAAUUAUUUAGUGCUUCCUGUGGUAGUACCGUAUGUAAACUUAUUUAAUGUCGUUAUGCGUAGCAGAAAAAAAGCCUGCGUAAUUUUUGCGCUCACAAAGGCCAUAACUUGCACGGGUUUUAUUAAACCAAGCAGUGCUUCCCAAAUAUCGCCGACAAAAAUCGUCCAAGUUUUUCUUAAAGUAAGAUCGCAAUAAGGCAUAAUCCACUUCGGUAGGGGCCUCAAGGAAAAUCAAAUUCACGUUGUAUUAUUGAAUUGAACGCUGCCGCGAAA